CUCUCAUAUGACGACACCGACCUAAUCAUGCUCUGCUACUCGGUGGACAGCAAGGACUCACUCGAAAACGUUGAGAGCAAAUGGGUAGGCGAGAUUGCCGACAACUGCCCAGGUGUCAAGCUUGUUCUCGUGGCGCUCAAGUGCGACCUGCGGGAGGCGGCCGAGGAGGAAGACGGUGCCAACGAGGAGGCGAAUCCCCGAGAGAAGAAGCCGAUGAUCAAUUACGACCAAGGCCUCGAAGUGGCACGCCGAAUUCACGCUCUCCGGUAUCUCGAGUGCUCGGCAAUGCGGAAUAGGGGGGUCAACGAGGCCUUCACCGAAGCGGCCCGCGUGGCGCUGUCAGUAAAGAAGGAACGCGACGACUCCAAGUGCACCGUAAUGUAGCUGGCGACUUUGAUGAACUCGACAAAAUCUUCGAUGAGCGGGCUCGGCCAGCCGAGGAACUGCUCCCAGAUGCAAGCCUGCCAGGGGAGCUGGACCGUGGCAACCAGAUAUGACCCAUCUUCCAGGACGCCAAUGUCUAACAAUCAACACCGGGCACAGGCGCCACAAUGGUUCUCCCAUGGUAACAUAUUUCUCUCUGAUAUCACCUUUGCCGAAGUUACGAUGCGAUUCGCUUGCCGCGCUUUGGCGGUUUUUUCGAUAUGUAUAUAUUCAAACCGAUUUCUUAUGCGACCACGCCCGGAUAUACUCGUCCUCGAAUCAACGCUGGAUGUGGCUCGGUCUUUGGCGCAGUUUCCCACAGUCCCAAACCGUGAAUCGCCCCCGCGGAUACCAUCGCAGUACGAUCUUCCCUCUGAGACUGAGGAUUACCGGAUUCGGGACAAUGGCGGGUGGCCUCUCCUCCAAACCGGUGUUCGUGUUCUGGGCGGUGGGCAGGGUGCAACGUUGAGUGGUGCAUUGGGGGUUCGCGUCUCAGCUUUUGAAAAAUAUCUUUAAUUCCUUCGACUCCACCAGUGGUGGUGGCGUUUGUUGCUUAUACAUUAUCCU